CCCAUCCGAGACAUUAAUAGCAGUUGGUUUUUCUAGCGGAGUAAUAUCGUUAUUAGAGUCAAGAACUGGUACAUUAAUUAAAAGUUGGAAAGCUGGAGACACAGAUAUAUCUCAUGUGAAAUUUUACACAAACAGUUAUCUUGUAUCAUGCGCACCAGCAGACCAUUUAAUUUGUAUAUGGGACACUAAUACUGGCUCAUUGAUUAAUAAAAUUCGAGUUAAUUCUGAUAUCGUAUCAUUGAAUCUGUAUAAAGAUGAAGUUAUUACUGUUAAUAAUAGUAACACUAUUACGUUCACCCCAUUAAACGAGAAU